AUGUACAAGAAACUGAUCCAUCUCCUCCUCAGUACGGGACUAUCGUCCACCAAUGAGCCCGUCGACGAUGGCUUCUUCAAUGAGCCAUCAACACUAAGGGUUCAGCUGACUGCCAGUAAAGCUGCUGCAGCGUCGACGGGGGCGGUGGGAGCGGACAAGGAUAACAGUCCCGAGAGUGCAGUCUCCACCAGCACCAAGACCACCUACCAAGUCAUUGCGCAAGGCAUGCCGGGUUCGACCGGAGCGGUGAAGCAAUUCUCAGACACGCAGCACACCUUCAAGCCAGCCGCCAUCAUCCCACGCCCAUCAUGGUGGAAGUCCUCGAGGUUUCGUUGUUGGGACGCCGCGCAAUGGGCUGAGCUGGUGGAUGACGUCUUCCCCGGGCGAUGUGCCCUGAUUGGAUUGGGGGCCGCCGGCCGUGGGCCCAUAUUGGAACCACACGCAUACGUAACACACCCAGACGCGACCAGCAUGUCUGCCGAUUUCGACCCUCUUUCUCGAAAAGACUUCGGUAUACAGUGCAUCGCUGCUCGUGCCUGGUUCAACAGAAACUUACAGACAGAACUCGAUCGCACUGGCCAUGACAAUAUUAUGAGCACACGACGCAGAUGA